UGACCGAAUUGGCAAUUCAAAAUCAUGAAUAAACUUCGAAUAAUAUAAUUGAAGGGUGAUCAAGUUCAUUCUACACUGAUUUUAUCAACGUUAUAUUGAAAACAUUGCAUUAAAUUCGUGAUUCUGUUGACCAUGGAUGUGAUACCUCAAAUGCCAGGCGCACUGCACACGUGCUGAUAUUGUGCCGAUGACAAACUGUCAGAGUAAUGAUCAACAAAAAUACCAGUUUAAUAAUAAAACUAAGAGGGUCUAAAUUUCAAGUGCGUAUCGUCGAAAGUUCGUGAGUUAGUUUUAUUGGUAAAAUAAAUCGUGGCUUGUGCUUAGUUAAUAAAAUCUACGAGAAUUGGUAAACAUGGAAGAGGGCGAUGCUGGGUUAGAAUCUGCUAUUCUGGAAGCGAAUUGGAAUAGGUUAUUAAUUAUUUUGAAGCCUAAGUUCUUCCCCAAAAAUGAAGCAGGACAAUUGGUGAAUCCUCGCAUCAUUGCAACCAUGGCCAGAACAUUAACAGAGCCAUCUCCAGAUGUUCCAGAAAAAGUGAAGAUAGUAUUUUUGAAAUGCUUGAUGAAUUCUUGCGUUAAUGGUUACGAACCCAAAGAAUUUGACUAUGCAGAGUCAGCAUCCAAGGAGGGUAAAAACUUUUAUGAAAUUCUACGUGAGAUUUAUGCUAAAGAUUCUGUAACCGAUGCAGUAGCCAACAAACACGGCUAUCCAAGUUUUACUCACUUUCCUUAUGAGGGUGUUGCCAAAUGGGCAACAAACUACAUUUCAUAUGUUUUAUUAAAUCAUGAAAAACAGUCUGAUGAUAAAUUAGAGAUUUUGAGAUUGAGCAUACAAUUCCUUUGCAAUCUCUGUAAAUCUCCUCCACAAUGUAUAUUUGAUGAACAGUUCAAGAAAACGAUGAUCGUUUUCAUCCAGCAUGAACAUUUACCUGUUCAGAGAGCAGCCUGUGCCUUUGUUCACAAUGCACUUACUCUUUUUCAAGAAAUGUACUAUACAGAUUUUGAGAAAGACAGCUUAACAUUAUCUUUAAUCAAGCCAGUCAAAUUGGGGAUUCCAUCCGCUAUUGAUGCAUUGAAAUAUUUAUUGAAAGACCCCGUGAGAUUGUGUAGUAUUUACAAAGAUCUGCCUACAGACGAUAGGUUAUAUCUUCUCGAGCUUAUUUACCAGGAAUUACGUGAAACUGGUUUUGAGACCAGUGCAAUCAAAUUUUCUUCCGAAUCAAUCUCUUUUUUAUCAAAUCGUUUUAAAAGAAAAAGCGACUGUGUAUUGAAAACAGUCAACUCAUAUAUGGAUGGAACCGAGCCAAUGGAAAUCAUGAUCCUAUUGGAUAUUCUGGGAGUUCUCACUUCGAUAACUUCUGAAGAUAAGAAUUUCGUAGUCACGCUUCAGAAUGAUAAAAGUCUUCUCAUCAACUGUAUCUUUUUGUUAAAGUCAUUGCACAUGAUUGGGAAAGAAGGCGAUAACUUCUUUACACCUGUGCAAAGACUUAAUGAGCUCGCACCAAGCGGAAGCAUUGUUAAAGAUUUAAAUGGCGAGACACAGAAUGAGAAUGCUGCUCGGCGUAGCGGUGAUAUUCAGUCCCACCCUGCCUUUGGAUUUAAAGCUGGAUUGAUACGACUUAUUGGUAAUAUGGUGCACAAGCACAAAGGCAAUCAGGAACUGCUUCGAGAAACCGAUGGAAUACCGCUGCUUUUAGAUUCUUGUAACAUGGAUGCAAGAAAUCCACUAAUCAUGCAAUGGACGAUUCUCGCCAUGCGAAAUGUAUGUGAAAAUAAUACAGCUAAUCAAGAAGUCGUUCGAGGGUUGACGAAAAUUGGUGUAGCGGAUAACAACGUCCUUCGGGAAAUGGGGAUAACUUUGCACGACGAAGGAUCUGGCAAAUCAGUUGGUAUCAUGCCUCUCGAGAGAACCUGUCGUAGCGAAAAGGAAGCGGAAUAAAAUUGGUAAAAAAUGUUUAAAAAAUUAUUUUUACAUGACAAAAAAUGAUCCAUCAAUAAUUUGUCCCUACCCAUUUUUUGAAUCCCUGACGAAUCCAAAAAAUUUCAUACUCGAAAUUUUUUUAAUACGAUUUAAUACGAUUUACGGCAUAUGUUGGCACGUGGCGAGAUAAUAACAGUCCUUUCAAAUUCUAUAAUGACAAAUUGAUUCAUUAUAAUUACUUAAUCGCUGGUUACAAUUCUGUUCGAAUGUCGAUAGGAAAAGCUGAUAGGAAAUCAAUGAUUGUGAUACCGGCACUUAUGCUCGAAGUGUAGUAUAAGUAUACUCGAGAUCGCUAUUAGAAAUUGAUCGUAAACAUAUGUGCGUCUAGAUCGCGAAUAAAUUGCGUAAUAAAUCUGCGAUUUUAUAAUUAUCUAAAGAUAUGAUCGCGUCGGACACGCAUUAUACAUAGCUACAGGUAUAAAUUCAAUUUGUGUGUAAUAUUAUAAAUAUACCUAAUACUGUUAUGCAACAGACAUUUCACAGGCAAUUUCUUUCGCGGCU